AUGACAACUGAAAACAAACGAGUGAUUAUCGUCACUGGCGCUUCUGCAGGAAUCGGAAGAGCAACUUCAAUUCAUUUAUCAGAGACAUUCCCUUCGCCCACUCAUCCAGAACAACUGGUUUUGAUAUUGGUAGGAAGAAGAAAAGCUGAAUUGGAAGCUACCGGAAGUCUGCUGAGACAAGGUACUAUAGUAGAGAUAGCUACUGGAGAUGCGAGUGAUGAAGCAUUCGUAUCCGGUUUGGAAACAACUAUAAAAGAAGCAUAUGGUAGAUUGGAUUUAGUCUUCAACAAUGCAGGCAUCAACAAGAAAUCAGAAGGUCAAUUUGAAGAUCAAGAUAUCACUUUGUUCAGAGAAGUGUUGGAUGUCAAUAUCAUGGGAGCUGUCCUGUUCACAAAACUCGCUUUCAACAUCAUGAAAAGUCAGACACCCAAAGGAGGUAGGAUAAUUAAUAACGGCAGUAUAUCAGCAACUGCGCCCCGACCGAACAAUACUUCCUAUACAAUCUCCAAACACGCAAUCACAGGUCUAACCCGAUCUACUUCAUUGGACGGCAGAAAAUAUGGGAUCACAUGUUCUCAAAUUGACAUUGGGAACGCCUCGACAGCAAUGGGAAAUCACGUACAAUCUGGGUCUAUACAAGCUGAUGGAUCAACAAAGAUAGAACCUACUAUGAGUGCUGAUAACGUAGCUAAGACGGUUGCAUUUAUCGCUUCAUUAGGAACAGAUGUGGAUGUCUUGAGCUUGGAAAUCCUUGCAUCCGGUAUGCCAUACGUUGGAAGAGGAUAG